AGAGCAUGCGCGCAGGAUAAGGUUUAUUGAAAAACUAGUGUCAAUAACUUUAAUACUGUUAGAUCAACAGGCUGUUUGAAAGAGCGCCCCGCCUCCUGCUCACAUUAACUUAAACCGAAAGUAAAAUGAUUCUCCUCAGUCUGAACAGCGACUUUGUGUAGCUAAGAAACUGAGUGAAGCUCACUGCUGUGUGCACUCAACAAGCCCGUGACACCUAUUAUUGCAGCUUAAGAACAAAUGAGCAGAUUCAGCUCUCCUCCAGCACUUUGUGGUAAUGCUGAUCAAUCUUGAUUAAAGACGUUCAAACAAAUGGAGUCUCAAAGAGGACUGAGCAGCAGAUGACUAAACAGAAAAGGGUCAGUGAUGGAGGAUCUACCGCUGAAAAGUGGAGGAAAUGGUGCAACAGGCGGGCAAGAAGAGGAUUCUCCUUUGUAGGAUGGUCAGAGAAAAUCCUGAGAAAACAGGAGUACAGAGCCGACAACAAAACAUCGCAGCUGAGACACCGAGCCAAAAUCAACCCCUCGAAGAACCAGGAGGCCCUGAACACAGACCAGACAGAGUGAAACCUGACAGCCAAGAGCCAACAGAGAGGCAGCUCGAUUUACUGCUCUGGAGCAAACUCAACUUAAAGGAAGACGCUGAAACCUGGCGCCGGCUGGUGACUGGAGCUGACGCUCACAACUGGCCCACACACCUCCGUCCAUUCAGCAGCCCUGCAGAGUAUGAACUAGUGAAAAGCACUUACCAGCAGCUCCAGCACAGCGGUUACUACUGGGGACCAAUGACCAUGGAGGAGGCACACGAAAUACUCACGCAUGCAUUACAGGGCACCUUCCUCAUCAGAGACAGCGGCCAGCCUGAUGUUUUCUUCACUCUGAGUUAUCAAAGCGAGGACGGCCCAACUAGUGUUCGUGUCCAGCUGAACAACCUGCUCUUCAAUCUGCAUGGCAGCCAGAGGACUUUUGCAUCACUCUUCGAUCUGCUCACUUAUUACACUAGCUCAUCCUGUAAGCUGACUGUGCCAUAUCGCAAACAGCGUCCAGAGAGCCUGAAGCAGGUGUGCAGGAGGGCUUUUAUUCGCACAUAUGGAGCAGAAAAUAUAAGCACCUUACCCGGACUCAGCCCUCAAGAUAAAAACUACGUUUGUGCGUACCCGCACUGUAUAUAGAGGCACAUGUGGACAAAGUGCCUGUUGCUGUAUCAAGAUGUUGUUUGUGUUAUUAUAUAUAUGUAUUUGUGUUAUUUGAAUAACACAAAUACAGCUUGAGACUAAUAGAUCUGCAACUUGUUCAAGGGUUGUUUUGGAAAAAUGGUAUCAUUUACAGAGUACACAUAGUAUGUGUUGUAAAUCUUUUUAAAAUAAGAACAACACAUGCUGUCAGAAGACCAUACUUAUUAUCCAUGUAUACAGGAGAAGAUUUCAGCAAAUCCUUUCCAAACAGUGCACCCCUGCCUCUACAAUAUUUAUCAGUUUGUACCAUAAAUAAAUAUAAAUUGCUGCUGCUGUUUAAAGCUGCAUUAAUUAAUAUGUGGCCACUAGGGGGCAGACUAAGAUCAAAACAAGAUGACAUAUCACCAAUUUAUAAAGUUAUGGCUAAAAUAUUAGCUAACAUUCAUUUGGAGUGAUAUUCAUGGUGAAUCUAAAUUGUGUCUAAUAUUCUCUCUUCUUUUACUUUGUGUGACGCAAACAGUGGCUGAGGAUUAAUUAUUUUAAGUUAAUUAUUCUGUUAUCUAAGGACAAAAGAUUUUUUUUUUUUGUCAUAAUGGGUUAUUUGUCUCAUUGUCUCGGGAAAAAAUUGGGCAUUUUUUAUCUGGACAAUGGGACAAAUGGAACAAUAGUGUUUUGUUUUCUUGACAUAAAUUAUGUUAUGGAUGAAACACCUAAUUAGAGCCCAUAGUUUAAAAAGUUCCUAAUCCAGGUAAUCUGUACAUCACAUACAGUAUUUAGUUAACAAUAUCAGCAGGAUCACUGAACUACACAUCUUGAAGUUGCAGCUGUAGUCUGCUCAUAAAUGAGGAAGCCUGAUUACCUUUUGUUUUGUUGAGAUAAUUAGUCUGUUGUUAUAAGAAAAUUACUUUUUAUCCUGAGAUAAUACGACACAAUUAUUGCAACCUCGACUGAUCUUAGCUUCUGUAGUCUUGGUCUCCACUAACUCCAAAAAUUGAUGUGUCUUUGCUCAGAUUUUCACUUUCUUCAGCAGCUAGUGAGUUACUGUAGGUAGGUUUGUCUUUUGUCUUAGUUCAGACUGAACUACAGAGUAAAUGUGGUGUGAAACCAAUAGUCAGCAACAAAGCUCCACAGUGCAGCUGCUUUGGUGAUUAGUCUCUGGGUUUUACCUCUUAUAGAUUACAUGUAUGUAUUUGAUUUAAUUUCAACAUAACAGUAUUGAUUAAUGCAGUUUUAAAAUUUGGACUCACCAUCACUUGAAAUAAUUUUUAGAAUAAUUUUUUUUAUGUGUAGUUGCUGUUUUUAAUAUACACUGUACAAUAGUGUGAUGCUUUGCAAAACUUUGUGUGUGAGGAAUAAAUUAAAAUCUUUAGUCUACCAAAUACA